GAAAGACAAAUCUUCGACUCUCCAUCAUGGCGGCGGUGGUGGUGGGUCGCUUUGCCUUUUGGCGAGCCUGUCGCGUGCCCGCCGUGGAUGUGGACAGAGCACGCAGGGUGACGUACCUCUGCUCGAGACAACAUGUUUUUCCAGAUAAAGUCUCUCUGUGCUCUCGGCUGAGCGUCGCAGCGACACGCCGCUAUAGCUCCGACUCCUUCAAGGAGGAGCUGAGAGUCCGGUACCUGGACGGUGAAGACGCCGGUAUUGUUGUUCUUGGGAUUAAUCGACCAAAAGCCAAAAAUUCCAUAAGCAAAAAUCUUGUGAAAUUGAUGUUUGAAGCCAUAGAGAAUAUCAAGAAGAAUAAUAAAGCGCGAAGUGUAAUUUUAAGCAGUUUGGUCCCUGGAAUUUUUUGUGCAGGCGCAGACCUGAAAGAAAGGGCAAAGAUGCACCAGAGUGAAGUUGGACCAUUUGUAUCCAAAGCAAGGACCCUCAUCACAGAGCUGGGAAACCUUCCAGUACCAACAAUUGCUGCAAUCGAUGGAGCUGCUUUAGGAGGAGGCUUGGAAAUGGCCCUUGCUUGCGACAUCAGAAUUGCCUCUGACUCUGCAAAAAUGGGGCUAGUUGAAACUAAACUCGCAAUUAUUCCAGGAGCAGGUGGUACGCAGCGUCUCCCCAGGUUGAUUGGCAUCUCUCUUGCCAAAGAGCUAAUUUUUGCUGCCAAGGUAGUGGAUGGAAAAGAGGCACAUGCACUGGGGCUGGUCAAUCAUUCUGUGGAGCAGAAUGACAGUGGGGAUGCUGCAUAUUUGCGGGCUCUGGAGCUUGCCCGUGAGAUCAACCCUCAGGGUCCAAUUGCAGUAAGGAUGGCAAAACUAGCAAUUAACCAGGGGAUAGAGGUGGAUUUAUCCACAGGUCUGGCAAUUGAAGAGGCAUGCUAUGCCCAAGUGAUACCAACUAAAGACCGGCUGGAGGGUUUGGCUGCUUUCAAGGAAAAGAGGAAUCCUCAAUACAGGGGAGAAUGAGACCAGACCUUUUCCUGUUCGUUUCCAGAAAUGAUCCGUUUCCACAGCUUUUAACAAUGUAUGAGUGGAUCUAUCAACUCCAUGAUCAAUACAGUGUCCCUGAGGAUAUCAGAGGAAAUUAUGGCUUUUUGAGUGGUGAUUUUACCCAUUUUAAUCAACUGGCCUGUGUACUGAAUUGAAUAUUGUUUGAUUGCAGUUUGAUUGUCAAAUAUUCACUAACAGUAGCUUCAAUUAGUAAUAAUCCAAUUUCAAAGUUAACAUCAGCAUGAAUUCUUGCACAUGCAGAAAAUUAAUGCAAUAGACAAUUUUUAAUACAGUAAUAAUACAAGUUUAAAAUUUCAGACUUGUUUUAGCUGUAUGUAGGGUAGUUUUUUUUCUUUUUUUCCUCAGUUUUGGCGCCUCUGUGUGAUAGUCACACUCAAAGCAAAAGGUUUGAAAUGCUACAUUGUAGUAACAUACCAUCUAUAUAUUUUUUAUACAAAUCACAGCUCAUGCUGCCAGAUUUUCAGAUGUUAUGCUGUAUAAGUUCAAAAAACUGCUGGUAUUUCAAGCUUUAGUCAUCCUCACUUGCUUUCUGACUGUACAGAUACAUCUAACACUUGUUUUUGUAGGCUGGUAUCAAGCUUCAAACUGCUUUAAAGGAAUAAAAAAUCCAAUGCUUCACA